GGUGCAACCUAUAUAACCAACUUUUUCAAGAAAACCAGCCAUUUAUAGGGGGCUGCAACUCGUACAAGGCUGCGACUUACAGACCAGGAUAUACUGUAGCAUGUAUCAUUUCAGGACGGGGGGCUUUAUUCCCGAUCGCCAAACUUCGAAACUUUCUUUGCCGUCAUUGUUUAUCGCUGCCGUCCCUCUUAGAAUGGGUGUUUUCGUUCCAUUGUCGCCCUCACAGGCCCUGAGCAAGAAGGAGCACAAGAACUCGACCAAUGGAUGCGAUAGCCCCGAGCCGGACCCGGACCAGUACUCACUGACGCCUCGGUCAGAAGCCAAGUACAGCAAGAUCAAUGAGGAGUUUGAGCUGAUGAUGCAGCGCAGCGCACAGCUCAAUGGCUCAAGGGGCCAGCCGUCCUUGAGUCAGGGCAUGAGCUCAAUGUCUGGCUACUCGUCGCAGGAGGGACUCAUGCAGCCGUCUCCGCAGAUGUCUCACCCCAGUGUCAGCCCACGGCCUAGUUCUUCAGGUGGGGCGCUCCUAGACAUGAACGGAGUGACUUCGAACGGCUACCACCGGCCGGCGUCUCCCUCCAGCCUGGCCGGCUGCAGCUCCCCGGUAACGAAAGGAGGUGCCAAGGGGGCGUCGCCCAGCAGGUCGAACCUCAGGGUGGUCAUCCCGGGCUCGCCUUCGCCCACGAGCCAGCUGGGCCUCUCGGUGCUGUUCCCGUUCCAGCACGACCCGUCGCACCUGUUCCUACAGCAGUCGAUGGUGCGGACGUCCAACGCCUCCCUCACGACCCCCGUGGUGUCGGUCACAGCACCCGGGAUGUCUGCCAUGGCCGCCUAUCCGUCCUCCCUGGCCGCUGGCUUCCCCCCGAACGACUUCCCCCUCAACCCUGAGCUGGGCCUGUCUGGCUUCAACUCGCCGGGGUUGAUGCACAGCUGGUCGACGCAGGGACCCCUGGCCACAGCAGUGCCUUCGGGGGCACUCCAGUCGCACUCCAGUGGCAGCCCAGGUGUCCUGGGCUCUCACCUGUCCCUAGGAAGCGCCACGCCCCCCCAGGCCUCCUCCCCGCUCCCCAUCCGGAUCAAGAGCGAGCCCAUCUCCCCGCCGCGGGGAGACUCCUCCCUCCACGGGGGCGGAGCCUCGUCGGGGGGCCGCCCACCGUCGGCCCACCUCUCGCCCCCCGGACAGCCCCCCCUGACUCCCUCGACGUCUUCCUCGCCGGACCCCUCGGGCGACUACGACGGCGCCAAGCGCCCCCGGCUCUCCGCCGACGGUUGGCCGACGUAAGGCCGGCCCCUGGCCGACGGAAGGCCGACCUCCAACUCGGCUGUGGUGCCCCGCCUCCCCGUUUUGUCAACCUCCCUUUCUCCGAGGAGAGAGAAAGAAAAAAUACGACACCGAGUGUGCCGCGCGUGCGUUUUCCGUGGGGGUCGUUCUCCUCUCUGUGCGUGUGUCAUUGCGUGUUUGUGUAUCUUGACUCUUUUUUUGUUUCCUUUCACCACCACCCGCUCCCGCAAACAGUUCUCCUCGUUUCCGACUCUCGUCGCCGUCUUCUCUCUCGCCAUCCGACGCCGGCGUACCUCGUCCAUAUGGUUGGGGCCGUCGCAACUUCGAUGCCGGCCACCCGCUUCGGCGAUUUGUUCCUUGCGCGGAGCGGCGACUGGCGCUGCCGUACUUUACACGGCAAGGGCACCCGUAAACUAUCGCGGGAAAGAGUCCGUAAAAAUGUGCCCGCGUUUUUCACGGAAAGGCUCCCGUAAGUGGAGUGCAUUCAUGUACAGUCGUAGCGCUUUGGUUUCCUCCCACUUUGCAUUCGCUUUUGCCCCCUUUCCCCUCAAGGAGAAAGGGGGGUGUUCGAAGAAAGGUCAGAGAGGUCACAGCUCCCGCGAUGAAUGCCACCUUUGGGACGUUGCAGAAACGUUUUCACCGUAGCGUCGCCGCGGCUGUAAAUAUGACGAAGUAGAUGGCAGCACUCGUCCCCUUCACUUCGACCAAACGGCGAUAGUGGACGGCUGCACAACGCAGGCAGCGGCCUCGGGGAAAGAGGGUAGCGGAGGAAAGGACUUCGAAAGGAGUCGGCGAGGGCGUUUUCUUUGGUCUCCAGACGAGACGCAGCGGACAGGAUGAAACAAAAGCGUCGACAACAAUCGUUGCGCAGCUUCCUGUGCGAUUUUCUUGCCCCUCUGCCUUCAGCUCGUCGGGCCCUUCGCGGACAUUUUUUUCUCGGGAGCAGAUACGUCGUCGAUUUCUGUCGAAACGACACGUGGCGAGAGGCGGACGUGGUUCCGAACUGCCGCACGUAGAGACUCCGCCGGCGUUCAGUCGCGCCGAGGAGUGUAGUCUUAAAACACUCGAGACGGGGGAAAAAAAAAAGAAGCCGUGUAGAGCGAGACGCGUAGCAAGCACGUGUGUUAUCCCGCCUCCACCCCCCCCCCCCCUCCCCGAAAACGCGGGAAAGCCUUCGCCACUACCAGCCAGCUGACCAAGACGGCGGGAAACAUUUGUAGGGAAGAGCGCAGCACGUCGUGAAUUUUCUGGCAUACCAAAGUUAGUUGUUGUUGUUGUUGUUGUUGUUGCAGGAAGAGCCACACCUCGUUCCUCUCCCGGACCCGGCCUCCCCCUCCCCCAGUUUCCGCACCCCCGACCGAUCGGGGGAGCUUUGUGGGAGGAAAUUGGGGAGGGGGUGGGGCGGGAGGGGAGGGGGGAGCCGCACCACGUGGCACAAACCCCAGCCGGCUUUCUAGGGCGCGCAGAGCAAAAGAGAAGCAGUUGAGACGACACGCCAUAUUUUUGGUAAUUCCGCUAGCCGUAAAGCACUUACACCGCGAGCCUUGUUCUCCUCUCUUACCUCCCGUUUCCUUCUUUCCCUUUCACGCCGCCCUCCUCCCCCCCCCCCUCCGAUAUUUCGGGGGGGGGGGGGGGGGUACAAAAUGUGGGCCCCCCCCUUCCCCUCCCAUCCCCACUUUGCAAAAAAUGCACGUGUCGUGUGUGUUUUAAAAAAAAAAACAAAGUGCAUGUGUUUCUAGUGAUUGUAGUGCUCGUGUGCCUUUUUGACCGCAGAUACACAACAUGCGGCGUCGAGAAAGAUGCGACACCAAGAGGAGAAAGGGAAAGGAGAAAAGAAAAAAGCGCAUACUUCCCGCUGCGGCGUCGCCGCCAGCGCGCACCACUGGCGAUCAUGCGUCGAGGUCUCAGUACUAUUAUUAUUAUAAUUAUUAUUAUUAUUAUUAUUAUUAUUAUUAUACACGCUGCAUAUAAAUAUAUAUACACAUAUAUAUAUUUCAUACUUGAAAGCACAUGCUCAUCCCCGUUUUUCUCCCUCGCCCCUCUUCCCUGCACCUCCUGAAAGAACCGACCAUUUUUUUUACGAGUGUCCGGUUGACCUGUUGACGUUUUCGGACGACAGCCAGCGCCUCUCAGCUGAAGGCGGGAGAUGGCGUGAGAGAGGCCACUUGAAAUUCGUUUCAACAGGCUCGCAUUUGUCUUUUUCCCCCGCGCGUCGUCAUAGUCGUCUGUGUUUUCCGUUGCGUGUCUUCCUCUCGCGGAAUAUGGACUUUUGCGUUUCUCGCCGUUCCGGUUUUCGUUCUGCCCGCAAGCCCCUGCCGCUUGCCGACGAACGAAGAUGCAGAAACGUCAGUUGCCGCGUUUCUAUUGGGUCGCAGAGCGUUUCAUUCUUCUUCCGCCUUGCAUCUUUCACUCUGGACGUCGAAAUCGUUGGGAGGAAAGGACAAACGACGCAGGGUUCGUCGCAAUCUUGUCGACGACUUUUUGAUUGGCAUUCUUUCGACGACAGCCGAUAAUGUUUCGCGGACGAUCGUGUCGGGGCACAGCUUUUAAAGAAAAGAAGCGCGAUACACACACAUGCAAAGAACACAUCCUCACUUCCACACGCCAUCAAGCGACGACGAUGCCUUAACGAGAGAGUUGAAAGAAAGAUGACAAUGUAGACACUGUACGAAAAGAGAAAAAAAAGAAAAAAAAAAAAAGAUCCCACAUUGUUUGUUGUAGUUGUUAAAGUCGAACUGUUCAGAGGAACCAAGCCACACCGUAGAGUUGUAGACAAUAGAUUUUUUUCCUUGGACUGUUGUUUGCUUUUCCCGCCUUACGAAACGUUGAAACAUCUAUGUUGCGGACAUCUGCGACGACCGAAGCGAAACAGCGGCAAAUUUCUGCGAGGCCUACGAAAAAGACACUUCAAAACAAAUUCUCCUCCUUUGUUUUUGUUUAUAGGAUUAGAAAUUCGAAGGAAAAAAAGGCAAAAUAAGCCGUUGAAGUUACGGAGGGACUUUUUCCGCGACUCUUUUAUUUAUUAUGUCUUUUUAACAAAAAAAAAAGACGUAGACUUUUAUAGGAAUGCACACGGCGUCGAAGAGGCUGGCAUGAUUGUCGUGUUCACGAGUAAUUUCGUUUUUUGUCUGGCGAGCUUUUUUCCCCCUAUCUUGUCAUGGAAGAGUUUUUAAAGCGUGUUUGUUGCAAUCUGCCACCAGGGCAGGAAGUCUGGAACGCGCAGCAGUUUGUGUGAAUAUUUCCUUGCCCGAGUUUUGUAAUCUAUUGAGAUGAGUUUAAUAUAUUGCAGUGCAAGUUUUUUUUCCUCCUUUCUUUUGGUUGUCUAUAAUGUGUUUUCUAUUUUUUGUUUCCUUCCAACACCCAUUGUAAUUUUUUUUUUCCCCCAUUCUUCUGAUAUUAUAUUUCGUCUUCUGUUGUUUCUUUUUUAGUGUAAAGAUACAUCCCUUCAUGCCCCUCGUUCCCCCUUCACAUAUAAUAUAUUACAUUUUUUAAGUGUGUAUAAUAAAUGCAAAAAAAUGACUCUAUGAAUGUUACGCAUAUUAUAUAUAUACAUAUGUUUAAAGCAACAAAAAGGGGGCGAAGAGAUGCGCGAUAGCGUGGGGGGUUUUGCAAGGCCCCGCCUUCGCCGAAGAGGAAUUUUUGAACGUGCAAAACGCUGUGCCAUGCAGACAUAGAGGCGUUGCUGAAUUCGUUCUCGCAUAGCAGUAUUGAGAGUUUGUUUCCGCUUAAUAUUGUGCUUUUCUCUGUUUCAGUUUUUUGUGUGUGUGUGCCAAAGUUUCUUCAAUAUUUUUUUUUUCUUUGCGAAAAGAAGGAUGCAUUGCGCAGAGACUUUGCUUUUCCCUUUUGACCUCUUUCAUCUCGUUCGUCGAAGGACUUUCGGUCGCCGAGAAAGCCGUUUUUGCACGGCGGAAGUUCACGGAAACGAUUUUUUCCCUUUUAUUUCUUUUUCGCCCCCUUAGCUUUUUGCGAAUGAUGCUGGUCAUCACCUUACCGUCUGCCCUUUUAAAGUCGGAAGGUGCACCGAACACGGGACAAACAUGUCGUAGUCCAAGAGCCCUUAAAAAGAAAAGAUCCGUGCAUGUGCAAUACGGUUGUACACUGUAGCAGAAUCAAAACCGAACCCUGGGAAGCCAGAAAAACUAUACAGGGCUGUUCUUCUUGCCAAUCAAAAAACCCCUCCAACGUGCAAUAGCUGCGUGCAUACUUCGGGGAAAAACGCUACUUACAAAUCUUUCGGCGAGAAACGUGAACUUGUAAUGUGCGCUUGUACUUGAAGGAGGCCGUGCUUCUUGGAAGGCUGCGGGUUUGAUUGGUCGUACGACGAGCCUCUACGAUCGGCCCCAGCUUGAGUUUAAGAAACCGGGAACCGGAUUUCUGAAAUUAGUUUUCCACAACGGCCGAGGUUACAAGUGUUCUCUGCGAUGACGCGGCAGUCACUGUCACGCGCGUGGCUACGAAAGGAACGUUGCCGUCUUUUGGGGAGAGAAACUCAUGCCAGCCUCUUCCCCUCGAGAAUGUUUUUUGUGACACCUCGUUCUCUGUUUUUCUUUUUUUUUUACCCCUUUCUUUCCCCACAGAGGCCAGAUCGCGCACACUGUGUUGGUUGUUACAUAGAUUGCUCUCAGUGUGUCUGUUUGACUGAUGGACAGACCAACACCCAACAAAAGAAGUAAGAAAGAGAAAAAAAGAUUACACUUCACACGAAGCAGAUCGUUGUGUACUAUUUUUAUCUGCCUGUGAAAAAAAAAAAAACGAGAAGAAAUAAAUGCGGUUCAUUCAUGGCAUCUC